GCUACGCAGUUCCCAUUAUAAAAGCUUCGAGCUCAUCGACAGCAGAGAUCUUUCUUCCUUCGCUUUCUACCUAUAAGAAGCACAAAGAGGUCGAACAUGACAACACAGCUCUUGAUAAUCUUACUCUUAGGAGUUUCGGCAUAUGCCAUGCCCAAGAUWCRAAAUCAGUUGGAAGAUGUGUACAAUACAGGCGAGGCAUCGAGCAUCCUUAUGCCUGGACCUGUCAUUUUGCCAGGAAACGAAAAACAAGAUCCUGAAAAAUGCGACCUUUGUAAAGGAAUGGUUUCAAGUGUCAGUGGAAUGAUCGUACACAAUUUUACCAAGGCAGAAAUGAUAGAUGCCUUGGAUCAYUGGUGUAACCAAUAUCCCGAUAUAAGUGAUAAGUGCGAAAUGUAUGUGGACAACUAUCUCGAUCUAGUCAUAAAGGAGAUCAAAGAACAUAUGACUUUGGAGAUGAUUUGCCAGAAACUUGGUCUUUGCCCAGAAAGCAAAGUUCCAAUUAUUUUAAAGGAUAGAUAUAAAAGAGAACUGGAUAAGCACACAUUGGAAGAUGUGUACAAUACAGCCGAGGCAUCGAGCAUCCUUAUGCCUGGACCUGUAAUUUUGCCAGGAAACGAAAAACAAGAUGAUCCAAACUGCAAACUUUGUAAAGCAAUGGUUACACUCGUCGAUGUUAUGCUCAAACAAAAUCUAUCCGAGGCAGAAAUGGUAAAAGCCUUGGAUAAAAUUUGUGAGCAAUAUCCUGAUAUCAGUGAUAAGUGCGAAAUGUACGUGAAAGAGUAUAUCGAUCAAAUCGUAAAGGCGCUCGAAAAUAAUAUGACUGCGGAGAUGAUUUGCGAGAGASUUGGUCUUUGCCCAGGAAGCAAAAUUCCAGGUAAAAGGGCACAAGUUCAUCUGAUGAACAAUAAAGAGGAUCAGUUAUGUAGUCUGUGUGAAUAUGUAGUCACAACGAUCGACGCUAUGCUKAAGCAGAAUGCAACUGAGGUAAUGACCGCUUUUUUAAUAAUCUCCCGAAGGGAACUCCCUUGAAAAGUGCCCAAAAAG